AUGGUUCAUCACAUGAGGAAGUGCGUCACUUGCUCAGAUGCCACUGCGGAGUCUAACAUGCGCGUACUACUGGAUGUUCUCGGGGACAACGAGAUGCUGGAAGCCCUUGAGGGAGAGAAGCGGCAAACGUGUGCUCAGUUGCAGGCCACUGCCUGUCCUGAGUACUUCAAGAGCAUAUCUUGUGAUACGGUAAACAUGAUAGAACUGCGACAGUCUCUUAUACAAGCGGAGACUCAGAUUAGCUCGUCAGACGGGGCUCCAGAGGCAUGUACCGACGCGUUGCGCCAAGGCCUCAUGCUUUUUGACAUAUUCGUCAUAAGCGAGCCACUCAAAGAGUUCCAGAGAGACCCUUCUGCAGGACCCCGUCAUGCUCUAAAUCACCUCUUUUCCACCCUCAACCUAGCCUCUAAGGCGGGUGUACAACAACAAGCUGAACAACAGUCCGCUGAAGCCGCCAGACCGACAACUGGCGGCGGCGUCGUCGCUGAAGAGUUUAUCGAAAUGAAAAGAUUAAAGAACAAGUCGAAGGCAACUCAAGAAUCUCCAGAACGGACUGCCUCCUCUCCAGGCAGCUUGCAGGCUAUCCUUAGCGAAUAUCCAGAAGCAUAUCUAGCAUUUGCAGGAACAGGUGGUCCAAUUGCUUCCCUUAUCGUCAACUGGUUCACUCAAGCCUUUCUGCGCUUCGAUGAAUUCUUCGGGGAAAACGAAGGCAACCGGCGCCCAUUGGCCCCUCUGCCGAAGCUCCUGAGCAGCGGUCAUGAGCAUAGGCUCUCAAGCCUCCCGCGCACCUCCUGUGACCUGAUGCUCCAAGCCACCUUCGCGUUGCACCUUGCGGAGAUGCAUGCCAUCGAACGUAUAAACAGUCUGCAGCAGAUGCUCCCUCCAGAGGAACUGGAGUACUCUCUGCCUUUGGAGCUGUAUGCUGGCGGAAGGAUGAAUUUCCAACGGCUUUGCAUGGGCUUCAGCUCUCGCCGGGGUGCAGAAGUCCUAUUAGAUGUACCUUGCUUGUACGAAGACACUGUUCUUGCGAGCAUAGAGGCAAACGCUGAGAAGACAGGAGCUGCUGCAGAAGAGGGAACGUCCUUGCUGGAGUCAACUGAGCAAGAACAGCGAGAAGCUCCAUCGAGGGCAGUCCGUAAAAACGCCCUCUUGGACUUCCUACUGCUUCAACUUAGAGGCGGGAAUUAUAAGGCAGCCGCGCAUCUGCUUGGCAAUGACUCUGCGCCGUCCUGGCAAAACGAAGUCUGGGACAAGCGACUCCAUUGUCAGUCAAAACUUGUCAGCUUGCAGUGCUCUGCAUUGGGAAACUUCUUCGACAUUCUCGACCGCCGAUUUAUCGGGCAAAUCGGUGACUUGCUAAACUCCACAGCCAAAGAAGCUGCAUGCGGAAGCGCUACUGCGAAGUGCCCUAAAAAGGCAGUGGCCAGGCAAAGUCCCUUAAAGGCGCUUGGCAGUCAACCGACUGUGCUUUCUCAGUUCCUUCCGCGAGGCCCCGUUGGAGAAGGCAUAUUUCGCAUUUUCGUUUUACUCAGUGGCAACAGAUGGAAAAACAGUAAAGAACUCGUCUCCUGUUCCGAUGGCGUCGAAAACAUACUCCGCAACUUUACAGCUUUGGUUUCCGACCGUGCGACAUCCGUGCUGCUCUCCCGGUGGCUACCGCGGGCUGUACAAAAACUCAUGAAAAAGCACUUGCGCCGAAAGUAUUCGAGGCGGCACUUCCGCUUCUUAUCAUCGAAACUCCCAUCUGCUUUCUACAUGAAGCUUCGCUCAUGUGUAGAUGUCGUAGUUCAUCCGCUUGUUUUCGAGCAUCUGAAUCAGCUGGCGUUCACUGGCUCAGAGCCGUCCGGCGCUAGAAGUCGCGCUGGCGGUAUUUCAGAAAGGCUUGACAAGAUCAUAGCUGAGACCGCUACACAAGGACUUCCGCAGCAAUUAAAGAAAAAGCUUCAAGCGGGAGAAAAGACAACUAUGAAAGAUUUCAAUGGGAUCAACUUUUCUCUUGUUCAUCCGCCAACGCCAAAAACCUGGCAGGAAUACCUUAGGUUGGAGCUCGAAGAUAGCUUAGUUGCCUGGUUGAUGAGGCCAGGGAGUCGAGAAAGGAUACAGCACGAAUGCAGGGGAGGGAGAGGUUCGAACAUUGCUGCCCUUUUCAGGGACAGCUUAGAUCUUCUGAAGAGCUCCGACACUGAAAAUCUCGCACUGAUUGGGAAAGUCGUCAGCCCAAAAGAGACCUCCGUUGGCAGGCCGUUGCGGCUUAAAUCCUUUAUUUAUAAGCUACUGAGGCUUCCAUCUUACAAGACCCAGCACCAUUCGUUUGUUGCAAUCAACCUUCGUAUUCGUGAGGCUCUGGAGUUAGUGCGGGUCUUGGUAGAAGUCUACACACAGAACAAGGGAGUGUUUGAGAACCAGGAGGUAUUUAUGACAGCUGUUAUUGACCUCUUUGAGCACUUUGAAGAGAAGAGCAGAACUACAUCAGGGGGACCGCUUGGGGCAAGUUCGUUCGGAAUGGUAUUGAUGGGAGGGGAUGUAGGGCUACGACUUUUCAACCAAAUGCUUCCUACAACUCAGAAGAGGAUGCUAAAGAAGGCAAAAUAUGGUUCACCUACAGUUUUUACCAGCCAGAUGCAACUAACGGGCAGCUUGCUCUCCGCUAGCGGUCACUCAGGGCUCGGAAUGUUCCUGCAUGCCCAGUCGGUGUACUUUGGGUUAAUGAUCAAGAAGUGGGUUCAAAAGCGUACAGAAGACAGAAUCCGCGAAAUCAUCUCUUGGUUAACUCUAGGCUUGUUCUUCGCUUCUUCUUUGGUUCAAGUCACAGAAGGGGUCACAGAAAUUGCCAGCACUGGAAAUGAAACAGGUCAAGCCAGCAUGACGACAGGUUGUCCCCCAAUAGGCUUGUGUAUGGACGACAGCGGCAAUGCAUUCGUCGGCAAUCCCACAGGCUCGCCUGCAUUGACUGCUCUACAAGCUAUUAUGAAGACAGGGAUCAUGGCGAGCAUCGCCGUGUUUGCUGGUCCUCUUAUUGCUGUGUACAACAUAGCCGUUUCUCAAUUUAGUAUUCUGAGCCGCUUGGAGAUGGCGAUCGGAAAUACUUGCAAACAGUUGGUAAGUCGGCUUGCGAAGAGCAAAACCAUCACAAACAUCAAGGAGCUGUUCGCAACAAAGCAGGAUCGGAUGAAAUCGAGAGAGGCAGCGGCAGCUAAAAAGAACGCAAGUCUUGGCGACGAAGUUGAACAGUCCUUAACUGCAUUCUUCCAAGGGCACGAGCAGAAGAGGUGCCAACAGUAG